UGGCCAAAAGGCCAAAGCAAAACAGGAAAAACCCAAAACCCUAAUCCUCAACUCGAUCGAAAAAAUCGAACAUUGAUCAGUUAUCCUAUCUAUCUCUAUCAGCAGCUCGUGUGUUACUUUUCAGUGCCCUUUCUUGCUCAAAUCCUCUACAACAAUGGUUGCAGCGAUAAUUGCAGGCGCUGCUGUUGCUGCUGCUGCUUAUGCUGGUAAAUAUGGAAUUCAGGCAUGGCAGGCGUUCAAGCUGAGACCAGUAAGGCCUAGAAUGCGGAAUUUCUAUGAAGGUGGUUUUCAAUCUGCUAUGACACGGAGAGAAGCUGCCCUAAUUCUUGGUGUUAGGGAGAGUGUAGCGGUAGAGAAGGUGAAAGAAGCUCACCGAAGAGUGAUGGUGGCUAAUCAUCCCGACGCAGGUGGAAGCCAUUACCUUGCGUCUAAGAUCAAUGAAGCUAAAGACAUGAUGCUUGGCAAAACCAAGAGCUCUGGUUCUGCGUUUUGAAACCCUUUUAUGAGAUUGAUUGAUCCCAUCAACAAAUUCAUGUGAUUCCCCAGUAAUUAGCCUUAGAUCAUUCUCUUUAUGCUGUUAGAUUAGUUCUGAUCAAGAUAGCCAUGUGGUUUUGAGUUAUUGGUCUAGAUCAUUUUUCCGAUCAAGCUUGGGUGAAAAUUCUUCAAAUUGUUUUAACUUUCAGCUUGAGAAAUAUAGAAGAAACCAAAUUGAAAGAGAAUCUAGUUCGACUUC